AUGGAGCACGCUCACGAAGACCUUCCUAAAAUCUGCGAAGAUGUCCUAUUGCUGCCGCCUCUCAACCCACAGAACGCCCUUGCUGGUAAUAUAGGUUACAGACCGUCUCUGGAUGAGUCAGUCGAACAUCCCAGCCAGCCUCCGAGCCAUGCCUCUUUCGAAGAGCUCAGGCGUAACACGGCAUUUAAGCAAACAGAGAUAGAGUGGUAUCUACCUACAGAACCCCGUGAACCAUAUGAAGACAUAAACUGUCGCUCUUCAGUCCCCUUGGGCGGCAGCUUUGGGUUCUGGCCAACCCUCAGCCAUGCCGAGCUUUCUGACGGAACAGGCUCAGAGCAGCUUCCCUACAUAAGCUCCUCAUGUGAGAGCCUUCAGCCAGGGCCCUUGAGUGUAACUUCCAACAGCAGGAAACGCCAUAAGAGAAAGAACAGACGACUAUCCACGACGGCUGUGCAAACUUUGGUGUCAUGGUUCGAACAGCACCAGGCUUAUCCAUAUCCUACCCAGAAAGAAAAGAACCAGCUGAGGCAUGAAACCGGCCUAGAAGUGAGCCAGAUCUCAAACUGGUUUACCAAUGCUCGUCGGCGCAAAAUGAUCGCUGGUGAGCCUACUCCAGAGGCAAACCACACGGACAACACUCUACUAUCACCGCUCCAGCGUUGGCAAAACUCACCCCCCGAAAGUGAACCGGCUGCAGCAUCCGACAUUCUGAAAGCUUUGGAGGAUAUCCCAUAUACUUCUGACGCUAGUAUCUCAUAUCCAGCUCCACCAGAAGCUUUAUCCAGCAACAGCUCAAGUGCUUCAUUUGUAGUAGGGGUGCCUUCGAUCAGCAGCUACGAACACAGUCACUCGUCUGGCUCAGAUAUCUCAUUCAGUCGGUCGAAUCAAACCUCACAAAGACCGCCCACGCCUCUCCUAACUACGAGAUCUCGCCGUCGGCGCCGGAAACCUCCACCUCCAAACGAGGCCUUGAGUAAGCGAAAUUCGAAGGCCCGACGGCCGUUUCAGUGCACCUUCUGUUCCGAUACUUUCAAUACCAAAUAUGAUUGGCAGCGACAUGAAAAGGCACUUCACUUACCGGUCGAUCGGUGGAUCUGCGCACCCCAGGGUGGUCUUACUGAGGUUAAUGGCACCAACGUUUGUGUAUUUUGCCAGGCCCCAGACGCAGAUUCCACUCACCUCGAAACCCAUGAUUACCUCGCGUGUCGAGAAAGGUCGGCAGAACAACGGACAUUUGCUCGAAAGGAUCAUCUUCGACAGCACCUCAGAUUGAUGCACAAUGUGGACUAUCACCUCACCAUGGACCAAUGGCGCGAUUCCCUGACUCGCCUUAACUCACGCUGCGGAUUUUGCAAUGCGAAAUUUCAUACGUGGCAGGAAAGAGUAGAACAUGUCGCAGACCACUUUAAGAAGGGCGCAGAUAUGAUCCAAUGGAAGGGCUGCUGGGGCUUCGAUCCUGGCAUUAUGAAAUUGGUGGAAAAUGCAAUGCCUGCCUAUCUCGUUGGACAUGAGCGUCUCACAAUGGACCCUUGGAAGACCACGGAUGCUCUUGCAACUGGAGGUGAUGAAGUUUUGCCUGCCAUCAUGGACGUGCCGAAUGCCCUGAAUCGCUAUGUUAAUCUCAGGCGCGACCUUAUUGCCUAUAUACGUGAGCAGACUGCCGCGGGUAACCACCCCACUGACGAGAUGGUUCAAGACAAAGCUCGUCAGAUCGCCUACGGGAACAAUGACCCCUUUGACCAGACAUAUGCUGAUAAUCCAAAAUGGAUCGCAACAUUGAGACAGGAGGCGGAACUGAUGUCAGUCCCAGAAGCAAACUGUCUCUUUCCCUUUUGUGCAUACUUUCUAGCCAGGCCACGAUGA